GAGUUUUGCUUUCUGCGCAUCAUGCAUUUGCAUUCUUCUCAUCGACAGUGUUUAAAGUGAAUGCACUGUUGAUCGUUGACAGUUUCCUUGUCCUGACAGUGAGAGACGUACUACAAAAACACAUAAAAAUGGUUUGGAAAAGUGCUAUCUCCUCUUCGAGUGCAUCAACAGUUGGAUCCCCGGCCUUUCGAUCACAGCCUUCCAUCGCAUGAACUUCGAGUAUACAAAUGAAGAUUUUAUAUUACGGCCAGUUAAUGAUUCUUCAGAAUUUGAUAAAACUUUGGAUUCCCUAUGGACUCUCGCUUAUAAAUCCGAUUAUUUUCGUUACAAAAUUGAUACGUUGAAUUCAGUAAAGAAAAUUAGUUCUGGAAAUGUAGAUAUUUUGGUUUUACCUAACAAUAAUCGAUUCAGCCAUCGGCGUAAACCACAACCAUUUACAAGCAUCAAUGAUCAGCCUUCAAUGGAAUCCUUCAAUUUCACUAAAGUGCCUAAACAUGAAUUCUUGUUAAAUGUUUUUGAAAAGCAUACCACAAAACCAUGUUCUAUACUAAUAAAUGUUAGUCCAUUCUCUUACUUACAUUCUCUUUUGGUUCCGGAAGUAGAAAAGUGCUACAAUCAGUUUCUUAGAAAAGAUUCCUUUUACUCAGUAAUCAAGUGUUUUCUUUUAGGUAGCAACAGAUAUUCAUGUAUGGGUUUCAAUAGUCUGUUGGCUCAUGCUUCUGUAAAUCACUUACAUUUUCACUUUUGGCAAUCACCAGAAUACUUACGAGCUAUGUCCACAGAUAUUAAAUUAAAGUACGAAAAUUCAUCUUACUAUGAACUAGUCGAUCAUCCUGUCGAUAAUUUUGUUCUUGAAUUAACCGAUUUAAAAGAAUUGGAUCGAUUUGUAGAUCAUUUAUGGAUAGUGGUUUCAUCUUGUCAACAUCUACAAAUCGCUCACAACGUAUUUGUAGCGCGUUCUAAAUCCACUGGCUUUGUACGUGUCGUUGUCUGGCCGCGUUGCUCAGUUUUUGAAGUAAAGAACCUGUCCACAGUUGACUCAGAGCCCAGUUUUUAUGUGGCUGUUGCUGAACUCGCUGGAAUGAUGGUUGUUGCUGGUGAAGAUGUUGCCUGUACGUUGAAUUUCGAUAAAGUAGAAUCUAUCUUACGUAAUGAACGCCUACCCAGAAGCACUAUCCAUGCCCUUGAAUGCAAAUUAUUUGAAACUUUACGCACCCAGCAAACAUAACUAAAAUCAGAUACUAACGUUUUCUCAAAUAUGUACAAAUUCAUACCUAAUUUUACUGUUCUGUACGGUCUUAUUGUCUAAAUUUUAUGACAUUAUGAAUUCCAGAGGUUCGUUUGAUGUAUUAGGAACUUAUGUUUAUUUUGCCUGUCUUUAUUUGAACUUCACUUCCUCUUUUUACUAGUCAAGAUAAAUUGUUUGUUUGAUCUUCUGUGGUAGCUCUCUACAUUUUCAUCAUCACCUUUAACUACUCAUAUACAGUUUUAUCAUGAGAAUGCCUUAUACGAACUUCAUUAUAUGCGGAGACAGCUAUGUUUCUGGGUUGCGUAAAUCGCAGCAUCUUCCGAAUGCAAAUUCUAUGCAUACAAACAGGAUGCUAAAUAUAUUUUUCAAGUAUU